AAAUCUGGAACAGCCAUAGUCCUUGCAGCAAUCUGGAUUGUAUGUCUACUAUCCCAGAGCCCUCCAGCUAUCUAUGCUAAAUUGUAUGAUGACAGGCUCUGUGUUGAGGUAUGGCCAAACAUUAUGUCUCAAAGAGCCUUCAAGACAAGUCUGUUUGUCUUCUUCUACGUACUCCCUCUUGGUGUCAUCUGCCUGUGUUAUGCCCGCAUGGCUGCUGUACUAUGGAACGCUGGAGCGGAGUUCGUCAGUCCCUACAUGACCGGUGCUCCGCGCAGACGACACACGAGACGCAAAGUGGCGCGAAUGGUGAUGAUCCUUGUGUCUUGUUUCUCCAUCUGUUGGCUCCCUUAUCACAUCCGUAGCAUCAUGGAAUGCUGGCAGCUCAUUCCCCUGUCACCUUUCAGCUACUACGCAGGUAUACUCUGCAGAUUGAUGGGGUAUGCCAACAGCUGUCUCAACCCGCUGCUCUACUCGUGUCUCUGUGAGAAUUUCCGCAAGAAUUACUACCAGGCCUGUUCUUGCUGCUGUACGGGGAAGAAGGAAAGAAACUGCAAGGCUCAACUCAUCUGCUGCCACGAGCUCUACCCAAACGGAACAGCUGCCCUUGAAUGUGAACAGACGAGGAAUACCACCAACUCUACUCGGAUGUCAGCAGUAGGAAGUAGGAAGUCGUUUACUAGCUCUGGUGGACGGAUAUCUUAGUCCUUCAGGCAGAUCAUCAAGCGAAUCAAGAACUGUCCGUUUAUGACCCAGCUCAGAGUUGCUCAUACAUAGGUUCUCUCAUCAUAUUUUUCAUCAAGCUUGUUAAGUUAAUGAGAGAAUCGAUCGUUCCGGAGAAGAGACGUAGCGAACAUACAAAUCUCGAGGCCUCUUCAAACCUUGUUGUGACAGUUUCAGACUGAUGUUCUCAUAGUUGGUAAUACUAACAUUGUGUUAAGUGAAUUCAAAGAAAGAUCCGUUUCAUCCUAUAUACCCAUCUAUCUGACCAUUGUUAUUGGUAAUAGCCCACGAUGUUUUUUUCAUGCAACCGCAGUUCAUGAUUAAAAUUGCUAUAAAACAAUUAAGAGCAACGGUCAGAAUUGGUUGGCUGGGUGGCCGUAUUGACCGUGAAAGUUUCAAGAAGUUUUCAGUUCUGUCUUUUUCGGUCUACAACUACGGUUCUGGGCCCCGUUGCAUAAAAGACACCAUUAUGGUAACUUUGCCAUCCAAUGGUAACUACCAUGGUAAAAAUGAUCAACAGCCAAUCAGAAUUAAGGAUUCCAUGAAAGAUACCAGUUGAUGGCAAAGUUACCGUAAAAGUAACAUUUAUGCAACAGGGACCUGUUGCGUUCUUCUUUGGCUGUAGUAUACGUCCAGACUGGUCAUUGAUGGUUGAAAGGCCGAUUUGACCGCUCUUGACCGUGGUCAUACUGUAAUACCUGAGUGUCGAUAAUGGAUAAUGUACAGCAUGUUAUAAAAAUCGGGGGUCUUUUUAACUAAAGGGUCUUAACAAUUGGUCGUGCGACCGUUUGCGAUCACCUGGUCACAAUAUAAUUAUGUUGCACACAAUCGCAACGGUUGUAAGCAGUCGCACCACCAAUUGUGAAAGGGGCUUGAAAUGCCGUCAGUUCGUUAAGAAAGGUCGUGCACCGGGGUCGUGCACCAGUCGUGCGAACAAGUAUUGCACAACAUUGCUUGACAACUGGUGAGAGAAAACGACUAAUAAUUGAUCUUAAUGGGUCACAUUCAGUUAGAGCAACACAUGUAGAUUACGAUAGCGCCCUGUAUCGAAGAAGCAAAUCAUGGAAUCUAUAUAGAGACUACAUGAUACUGUCGCUCAACUAAUCGUAACGCUAUCGAUGGUAAUGCUUGGAUGUGCAACCGGUUCCGACUUGGCGCGAUUAUUCUUAAAGGGUGUCAUAUUGAAGGAUACAAGAAAAUCAGCCAAUAGUGGGAAUCUCCUGUAAAAAAAUGUUUAAUUUUCUUUGUUUUCUUUCCUGGCAUCAUACUAUGAACACUCUCCUGAAAUUACCUGGAAUUCAAAUUUUGAUCGGAUAUUUUACUCGAUGUUGAUCGCAAGACGAUGUGCUUUUGGCAGUGGUUGGCGCUAUCACAGGAAGAAUAGUGGCAGGACACUUGCAAUUAAAACGAUCAACAUUCGCAAAAGCAUGAACGACUAAAUAUUAUGUUUCCGCUGUGCGAUGGUCUAUUUCGGUCUUGAGUGCUAAUCUGCGAUUUAAUGAGAUCCUCACGUGAGUUAAACAAAUAUUAUCAGUUUUUUACUUUUUCGUCAUUUGACUGUAUUAUUAAUCAGAAACACAUUUCAUUUUCCCCCAUUUUUAGUGAUUUUUUUCCGUAUGAAAACUUUCAUAAGAUUGACAAACACUAUUCCAAUCAAAGUGGAAUUCACACUGUCAGAAUUCCCUUCUAUUGUGAUUAUGACAAUUCCAAUAAAAAUCAAUCACACUUCUGUAAAAAGAGAUCAAUUAAUUUCAUUAUCAUUGGUUCCACUCAAUUGCAUUCUAGAAAAAAAAGAGAUUCUUAGAAUUUCAGCAGAUGUGAAGCAAUUAUCUUAAUUGGAUGAGCCUGUGUCUAAGAAUGUUUUUAACAGAAAUAUAGCGCAUUAUAAAUACUGUGAAUCUUCAUCAUGUAAAAUAGCACCUCUUUCAAGUAUUCAAUGGGUU